AUGGAUACAGAUAUAGAUAUAGAUAGAGAGACAGAUUCAUACAUUGCUACAAUUGAUUUGAUUCAGGCAGUUGCACUUGACAUAAUGGCGACGUACAAAAGCAGAAUUUUUAUUUUUACAUCAAGUUAUUUCACCCCAAUUCCUGAGGUAGAGAGAAAACAAAAGUUGAACAUGCAGCAAGCAAAACUUUAUAAAUUUAAGGGUGUUGGGGUCCAUCGGGCCGAGAACCUCGAUACAUAUUGGCAAGAAUUCCAUCUAGGGGAGGGCGUUUCCAUAUUUUUUCAUUUUUUCGUCCGCUGCCCUGGCCGCGGCCAAACUGCAUUCUUUACUUGUCAGGUUUACGUACCGUUCGGCGAGGGUGCCAGGGACCGUAACAUCUCACGCCAAACAUCUGCCGGCUCUCCAAGCUCCUAUCUUAUUGUAGGUUACACUUCACACUCCACGCCAAACAACAGCCACGGGAACACGGAGGGAGAGGAGUGCAACCAUCCAGUCUGUUAUUACUCUCUGAGUCUAGGCCUGCUGGUAUGUACAUAUUCAUGUGACAAUAUCAUAAUUUCUCCAAAUUUACUGGCCGAUAAUUUAAAUAAUAAUAUUGCCGUUGAUACUGAUAACAAUUUAACAACUUGUUGCUGUGGUAGACGAUGUAAAGGGAGAAAAGGUUUGCGAAUGCAUCAACGAUCGUGCAAAACAUUCAAGAACUUGCAAAAUUCGAGAAAAUCUCCAAAUGAUCCAGAAACGGAUUCCAAAUUGACGUCAUCUCCGAUGCAACAGAAAGAAUCUCCACCGCCGCCAACAUCAUCGCCACCGGCAAACAACAUCACGAACAAUACACCACUCCCAGGGAUAAAACUACCCAAAACAACAACUCAUUGGCUUGAAGCCAAUGCAUAUUUCCACUCUCAAAUAGCAACACUGCCAAACAUUACUGACAUCAAUAACUUCACUACCACUCUACAAACACUAAUAUACAAUUAUUUCGCAUCAAACUACGGCACUCUUAAUCAAAAAUCAAGCUCAAUAACAACACUCGAUAAACCAAUCAACAAACUAAAGUCAGAAUUGAAACAAUAA